AUGAAGGACACCACAACACCCAAAGCGGCAGGCACGCCACGCGCCUCGAGCCCGACUGUCCAAAAGCCGAGCGAUGCGGCUCAGCCGGCACCGGCCUGCGAGCCUGAAUCCAGCACUCAGAAGAAGAAGCAGGAAACCGAGACGUACCAGCGGAUCAAGAUCACCAGCGAUGGCGAUGCCUACGUGCCACUGGGUUCUUGGGCGAGAAAGAGCAAAGCCACCGAUGACAAGAGUAAAUGCUCAAAUGCAGCUAUCGAGAAACCCAAUGUCGUUAGCAGCAAGCCAGCGCCUUCGAGCUGCCACAACACUUCAGAGUCACCCAUCGAUGGAGAAGACGUUGUGAUUGUGCGGGACGGUCAAAAUUGAGGCAAAUGAUAUGAACCCUACGAGACGAUGCUUGCUUUGAGACGGGGUUUUGAGAAGCGGAUUACGAUUGGCA